UCUCAAAGCGACUGCUCUCGCUUUCGUCCAAUUCGUAGCUACUACACCCAUACGCAGAGAUGGAGUCGUUGAUGAAGCAGAAGAACCCCGUGAUUGGGUUCAUUGGGUGCGGCAAGAUGGCGCAGGCCAUGAUGCGCGGCAUGAUCCAAGGGUUUGUGACGCCCGCCAGCAACAUCCACGCCGCGGAUCCCAGCGAGGAGUGCAUCAAGGCCGUCAGCGACGUCGGCAUCAACACGCACGCCAAGAACGUGGAUGUUGUCAAGGCGGCCGAGGUUGUCGUCAUCGCGGUCAAGCCGAACGUCGUCGUCAGUGUCCUGCAGGAGAUUGCCUCUGCCGUGGGCACCUCCACGCUCGUCGUCUCCAUCGCGGCCGGUGUUCGCAUCAAGACCCUGCAGAAGCACCUGAAGAGCCAUGCGCGCAUUGUGCGGGUGAUGCCCAACACGCCUGCGCUUGUGCGCGAGGGUGCGACGGCGAUAGCGGCAGAUCCGGACGCCACGCCAGAGGACAUUGCGCUCGUGGAAGAGAUGAUGUCGGCCAUCGGCACCUGCGUCCGUGUCAAGGAGUCGCACAUGAACGCGGUAACGGGCCUGAGUGGCAGCGGCCCCGCGUAUGGAUACAUGAUGAUUGAGGCCAUGGCUGACGGUGGCGUCCGCGCAGGCCUCUCAAGGCGGGAGGCGCAGCUGCUUGCUGCCCAGACGCUCCUCGGCGCUGCCAAGAUGGUGCUCGAGACAAACGACCACCCGGCACACCUCAAGGACCAGGUGUGCUCGCCCAACGGCACGACAAUUGCCGGGGUGCAUGCGCUCGAGGACGGUGGAUUUCGCGGCGCCGUCAUCACCGCUGUUGCCGCUGCUGCGAAACGCGCAGAGGAGCUCGGGUUUGCCGAGUAGUCCCCGUGGUGCUGAUGAUUGUUGGUGGUAGUGGUGGUGGUGAUUGUCGUGGUGAUCGUAGUGGUGAUUGGUGGUUGAUGAUUGGUGGUGAUGGUGUAGCACUCGGUCUUAUCCCUGCGUGCUCGUGAUGGUGGCUUUGGUUCGUGGUCGGUUUAUUCGUCAAUGAAGGACAAGAAGCAAAGAAGCAAUUAAACGCACAAGUCAGCA